AUGCACUACAGCGACACGGCCUUCGGGAAGACCGAUGCGGACGGGAAGAAGAUGAAGACCAUGGAGGCUGUGGACUCCCCAUAUGGGUCGAACGUCGUCAUGGGCAACAGGAUGGGCCUCACACACCAAGAUGCCAGGCAGGUAGGCUCGAUGUACGGGUGCCUGGACGAGAUCGACCACUUCAAGCUGUGCACCACCCACCCAGAAGGCUGCACGAUUGAGGACUGCGGCUGCCAUCAGGAUGCAAGUGCCUUGGACGAAGUCAUCAAGACCACCGACGACCAAGGCUGCAACCGCUGCCAGAACAAGUGCCCUAGCUACCCCUACGGGACUUCCGGUGCCUGUGGCUGCCCGGUGGGUCUCCAACAUGGCUGCUUUGAGAUUGAAGGAUGGAACAUCAACGGGCUACCAAUCCUUGAGGCUUGCGCAACGAAGUGCGGCUUCUGCGACAUCCCUCCGCCCUGCAUGGACGUCUUCAGCAACUGUGACUCCUACACCCAGUAUUGCAACAAUCCAAGCGUGACCAUGGGUGGGAUUCCUUACCCUGAGGCAUGCGCCAAAGCCUGUGGCAGCUGCGGCUAG